UUUUUUCUAAUUAUCUAUACUUAAAUAAAAAAUCCAAGUCUCAGACUCCCAGCUCAACCGGGUCCAAUUUUCUCCUUCCGGGAAACAAUCAAAUGAAAAGAAAAACAAGCAGUGGGCCCAAUUUUCUCAGCUUCCAAUCAGACGUUCUCAAAUCAGAAUCUCCUCCGUACCGAAGAAAUGGACUGAAAGCAUUCUCGCGGGAAACAAACACGUUUACUCCUCUCACUCUCUCUCUAAACUCCUGUAAACUUCCAGCUUAAUCUCUUGUACAGCUCUCUCUGUGAAAACCCCUGGAGAUGGUCUCUGCUGUUGCCUGAAACGGUUGGAAGAGGUGGAGCUGAGAAACUAUAGUCUAUAAUAUUUGGGACCUGGAUUUGGAACAUUUGUAAGAAAUGGAGUCAGAGGGAAGUGAAAAGGAUAUGGUGGUAACGCAAAUUAGUAUUGGUGGAUUCGAUCAAUAUGUCACUGCAACAGAGUUAAUGUAUUACUUGGAAGAUACAAUUGGAAGUGUUGAUAGGUGCAGACUGAAAACUUCUUCAACUCCUCCUGAGUCCUAUCCUGAUUUUGAGAUCAUUGACACCGCAAAGAUUGAAAGAACAGAAGAUUACAAAAAAGUUGAGCCGCAUGCAUUUGUGCAUUUUGUGUCCCCUGAAGCAGCAACUUGGGCUUUGGAUGCUGCUGGCAAGAGUGAACUCUUUUUGCGUGGCAAGCCCUUGAAAGUAAGUUUGGGGCCUGAGACUCCGUUCCACUUGAACCAGAGGAGGAGGACUACAUUUCCUUUUAAGUUUCCUGAUGUGCGUCUUGAGAUUGGGAUCUUGGUUAGCCGUGAUGAGUACUUUGCUGGUUGGAGAGGACCCUCUUCUGGGGUUGAUUUUCUUGUGGAUCCCUUUGAUGGGACAUGUAAGUUUCUUUUCACAAAGGAUACUGCUUUCUCUUUCAAAGGCAUGCCCAAACAUGCUGUGAUAAAAUGCAAUUUUAAAGUGGAGUUCUUGGUGAGAGAAAUCAAUGAGGUCAGACAACGAAGAGAUAUGUCGUCUUUAAUAUUAUUGUUGCAGCUAUCUUCAUCUCCGUUUGUCUAUUACAGAACUGCCGAUGAUGAUAUUGAAGAAACAGUUCCCUUUGACCUAUUGGAUGAUGAUGAUCCAUGGAUCCGAACCACUGAUUUUACAGUUAGUGGAGCCAUUGGGAGAUGUAAUUCCUAUAGAAUUUCAAUCCCACCUCGUUAUGGUGCAAAGUUGAAGAAGGCCAUGGACUACCUCAGGGCACGUAGGGUCAAUGUAUUAGAAGACAGUCCCAAAUGGCAGCUUAGGGUCCGGGAUGAACCUGAUUUUGGGUUGCCUAUGUCAGACCCCUUUUUCUGUAUUCAACACAAGGAAGGCAUAGAUUUUCGGGUAAUGUUUCUAGUGAAUGCUGUCAUGCACAAAGGCAUAAUCAACCAGCAUCAGUUGUCUGACAAAUUCUUUGAUUUAUUGAGAAGCCAACAGAAGGAUAUCAAUAUAGCAGCAUUAAAGCACAUAUGUUCCUACAGGCACCCAGUUUUCGAUGCAUAUCAGAGGCUUAAGCUUGUCCAUAAAUGGUUGCUAAAGAACCCUAAGCUUCUCAAGAGCCCGAAAGAGUUGGAUGAUAUUGUGGAAGUUAGGAGAUUGGUCAUUACCCCGUCCAAAGCAUAUUGUCUUCCACCUGAAGUUGAACUCUCUAAUAGGGUUCUUAGGAAUUAUAAAGAAGUUUCUGAUCGAUUUUUAAGGGUUACCUUCAUGGAUGAAGGCAUGCAGACGAUUAAUGCUAAUGUUCUCAACUAUUAUGUUGCCCCGAUUGUAAAAGUGAUCACAUCAAAUUCCUUUCCCCAGAAAACUAGAGUGUUCAAAAGGGUUAAAACUAUUUUGACUGAUGGCUUCUAUUUAUGUGGUCGGAAGUACUCAUUCUUGGCAUUCUCAUCUAACCAGUUGAGGGAUCGUUCUGCUUGGUUUUUUGCUGAAGACAAGAAAACAAGUGUCAGGGCCAUAAAAAGUUGGAUGGGAAAGUUCACAAACCGAAAUGUUGCGAAGUGUGCUGCCAGGAUGGGGCAGUGCUUUUCAUCCACUUAUGCCACGGUUGAAGUUCCAUCAUGGGAGGUGAAGGAACUUCCGGAUAUCAAGAGGAAUGGCUAUGAUUUCUCUGAUGGGAUUGGCAAAAUAGUCCCUGAUCUUGCAAUGGAAGUUGCAGAGAAAUUGAAACUGGAAGGCACACCGUCAGCAUAUCAGAUAAGAUACGCUGGCUGCAAAGGGGUAGUUGCAUGUUGGCCAAGUGACAAUGAUGGGAUUCGUCUGUCUUGGAGGCCUAGUAUGAACAAGUUCCUUUCAGACCAUACCGUCCUUGAAAUUUGUUCAUGGACAAGGUUUCAGCCAGGAUUCUUAAACAGGCAGAUAGUGACAUUGCUUUCGGCCUUGAAUGUUCCAGAUAAAAUAUUCUGGAAAAUGCAGGAAUCAAUGAUUUCUAAACUAAAUCAAAUGCUCACAGACACAGAUGUGGCUUUUGAUGUUCUUAUCGCAUCAUGUGCUGAGCAAGGAAAUACUGCAGCAAUAAUGUUAAGCGCGGGUUUCAAGCCUCAGACAGAACCUCAUCUACAGGGCAUGUUAACUUGUAUAAGAGCUGCACAGUUUUGGGGCCUCAGAGAGAAGGCUAGGAUCUUUGUGCCAUCUGGGAGGUGGCUGAUGGGCUGCCUAGAUGAAUUAGGGGUGCUUGAACAAGGCCAGUGCUUUAUCCAGGUUUCAAGCCCUUCCUUGGAGAAUUGUUUCUUAAAGCAUGGAUCUCGGUUUUCUGCACAGAAAAACCUAAAAGUAAUCAAGGGAAUUGUUGCAAUAGCUAAGAAUCCUUGUCUUCACCCUGGAGAUGUACGGAUUCUUGAAGCAGUAGAUGCGCCAGGUUUGGAACACCUGGUUGACUGUCUGGUUUUUCCUCAAAAGGGGGAUAGGCCCCACUCCAAUGAAGCAUCAGGAAGUGACCUGGAUGGGGAUCUGUACUUCGUGACCUGGGAGGAAACCCUUAUUCCUCCAAGUAAGCAAAGUUGGCCACCCAUGCAGUAUGAUUCUGCAGAAGCCAAAGCACUGGCACGCGAAGUUACUUCUUUGGACAUAAUAGAUUUCUUCACGAAGAACAUGGUGAAUGAGAACCUGGGUGCAAUCUGCAAUGCUCAUGUGGUUCAUGCUGACCGCAGUGAAUACGGAGCACUGGAUGAAGCCUGCCUUGAUCUGGCAGAGCGUGCUGCAACUGCUGUUGAUUUUCCUAAAACUGGCAAGCUUGUGACCUUGCCACCACAUCUUAAACCAAAGAUGUAUCCAGAUUUCAUGGGAAAAGAAGAAUUUCAGACAUACAGGUCUAAUAAAAUCCUAGGCAAAAUGUAUCGCCAGAUCAAAGAUGCUUACAGUGAAGAUGUAUCAGAAUCUUCUGAGCAAAUAUUUGGUGCUGAUAAGGUUCCUUAUGACGAGGAUCUUGGCAUUCCAGGAUCUGCUGAUUUCAUCAAUGAUGCAUGGAUUCAUAAAUGCUCUUAUGAUGGUCAGCUAAAUGGUCUUCUGGGACAGUAUAAAGUGAAGAGGGAAGAAGAGGUUGUAACUGGGCAUGUUUGGUCCAUGCCAAAGUACAAAAGCAGGAAGCAAGGGGAACUGACGGAGAGGCUGAAGCAUGCUUACUCCUCCCUGAAGAAAGAGUUCAGGCAAAUUUUUGAGAAGAUGAACUCGGAUUUUGAUCAACUUACUGAUGACGAGAAGAACAGAUUGUAUGAGCAGAAGGCAUCAGCAUGGUAUCAGGUCACUUAUCAUCCCACAUGGGUGAAAAAGUCAUUGGAGUUGCAAAAUCCAGAUGAGGUCUUCGGGGAGAGGGUGAUGUUGAGUUUUGCCUGGAUCACAGCUGAUUACCUUGCUAGGAUCAAAAUCAGGCGAAAAGGAACUGGAAAUGUUGAUUCUUCUAAACCAAUCAAUUCUUUGGCAAGGUUUCUUGUUGAUCGGAUAUGACUGGGAAUUGGAGCUGCUAAAUGCUUUCCUUUUUGGAUGUUUGAAGCUCUUGGCUGCAAGGCCACUCUGCCAUUUUAGAAGUAAGCUGUUGUGUUCUGUUUUUGGUUUGAAUAAUUUCUAUAGUAGCUAAGCUAUCAUGUUAUGCUUCCUGUUUGAACUGUUGUCUAGUGAUGCCAUAUGUAAUAUUACUUGAUUGUUAUCAGAAGAUUAUUUAAAAUUUCAUGCUUUGUUUGAUUUA